AUGUUCGAUAUUACGAAACUGAAGGUGCCUUUUGUGGAUCGAGAGCCAUCAUCAAUUUGCGAAAGAAAGGAAAUCUUAAGACGCUUGCGAAACUUUCUCAUCGAGAAGGAAGAUGGCUUAUGCCAGGCCAUUAAUGCUGACCUACAAAAGCACCGGGUGGAAAUUCUAGCUUGUGAAAUUCUCACAGUUUCUCGAAACUUUCUAAGCUUCUUCGACCAGGCAUGCGUUAGAAGACAACCCCUUGGCAGAGUAUUAGUGAUUGGUGCUUGGAAUUACCCUAUCAAUCUCCUGUUCCUUCCUUUGAUUGGUGCUUUGGGAGCUGGAAAUGCUGUUGUUCUCAAACCUUCUGAAAUGGCUCCAGAAACCGAGGCCUUCAUCGCCGAACAUUUACCCAAUUAUAUCGAUGAGACUGUAUGUCAAAUUUUUACUGGCGAUGCAAAGAAAACGAUGGAGCUCUUGGACACGUAUCGUUUUGAUCAUGUCUUCUAUACAGGAGGAGAGGGGGCAGCCCGAAGUAUUCUCUCACAGGUGGCUAAACAUCUAACGCCUGUCACUCUUGAAUUAGGCGGCAAAAGUCCUGUCUACGUUGACGAAACGGCGGAUUUGCCUCUCACUGCUAAGCGCUUGAUGUGGGCCAAAGGAGUAAACUGUGGACAAACUUGUGUUGCACCUGAUUACGUUCUAUGCCAUGAAAAAGUUGUGGAUAAGUUGAUCGAAGAAUGCAUUGCAAUCGUGAAAGAAUUCUACGGAGAAGACAUGGAAAAAUCGGAGUCCUUCGGUCGUAUCAUCAACAAGAGACAUGCCGCACGUCUUUUGGCACUUUUACAAAACACAAAGGGCAAAAAGGUAUUCGGAGGAAGAACUGACAUUGAGAAUAAAUUUGUUGAAAUGACAAUAGUGAGAAAUGUUCCUGCUGAUGAUGUUCUUAUGGGUGAAGAAAUAUUUGGACCCAUUCUUCCCAUCAUUACUAUCGGAUCAUCUGAUGAAGCGAUUAAUUUCGUUCUACCUAAGCCUAAACCACUUUCAAAUUACGUUUUUUCCUCUAAAAAGGAUAUUCAAGAUGCCUGGAAUUGUCGAACUACUUCUGGUUCAAUUACAUUCAAUGACUGUAUCAUGCAGCUUGUAGUAACUAAUCUGCCCUUUGGUGGUGUCGGUAACUCUGGAAUGGGAAGAUAUUAUGAAGAGGCGUCUAUUGCCACCUUCUCUAAUCCUCGUUCUGUACUUAACAAAUCCUCGGUCGAAAAAAUAAACAAUCUAUUUCGCUAUCCACCGUACACUGAUAGCCACGAACAAUGGGCACGCUGGGGUCUUUCGAAGAAUGAAAAUAGUUGUACAAUAAGCUGA